AGUGCUGUUUGGAGAGAGUGCGUAAAGGUGCUUGUCUGUUCCCAAAUGAGAGAACGCCUAUAAAGGCUCAUCAGAAGACAUGUUUCUCCUUUUUUAUCUGAGCUUUUGGGGUGUGUUGGGGUCACAAAAUCAAAACCUGAGCACAACAACGACAACAACGACGCAAGCAUUUGUGACACCUGGAGACGACAACGGCCAGUGCACGACCUGCCAAUUUAGACAGCAGAGUAAACUCUUGCGCCUGCAUUCUAUUAAGUCUCAGAUUUUGAGCAUCCUGCGCCUAGAACAGGCUCCGAACAUCAGCAGAGAUACGGUCAAGCUACUCUUACCCAAAGCACCUCCGCUGCAGGAGCUCCUGGAUCAGUAUGACCAAAACGGAGGCAUUAGUGAGGAUGAGGAACAAGCAAGCAGCGAGACCAUCAUUACUAUGGCCACUGAACCUCAAGCCAUCACCCAGCUUGUGGGAAUGCCGAAGUGUUGCAUGUUCGCACUGAGCCCAAAGAUUCUGCCCGACAGCAUCCUGAAGGCCCUGCUCUGGAUCUACCUCCGACCAGCUGAGGAGCCAACCACAGUCUACAUCCAGAUAUCUCACCUGGAGUCUUCUUCUGAAGGGAACAAUCACUCGAGAAUACGUGCGCAAAAAAUUGACGUGAAUGCCCGGACAAAUUCCUGGCAGCACAUCGACAUGAAGCAGCUGUUGAAACUCUGGCUCAAACAGCCCCAGAGUAACUUCGGGAUAGAAAUCAAGGCCUUUGAUGCAAAUGGGAAUGACCUGGCUGUGACCUCCACAGAAUCUGGAGAAGAAGGACUGCAACCCUUCCUGGAGGUGAAAAUAUCAGACACAGGGAAGCGAUCCAGACGGGACACUGGCCUUGAUUGUGAUGAGCAUUCCACCGAAUCUCGCUGCUGCAGGUAUCCACUCACGGUUGACUUUGAGGACUUCGGGUGGGACUGGAUAAUUGCCCCCAAGCGCUACAAGGCCAAUUACUGCUCUGGUGAAUGUGUGCAGAAGUACCCCCACAGUCACAUCGUCAACAAGGCCAACCCAAGGGGCAGUGCAGGUCCCUGCUGCACUCCAACCAAGAUGUCACCCAUUAACAUGCUGUAUUUCAAUGAUCGUGAGCAGAUAAUCUACGGAAAAAUCCCUUCGAUGGUGGUAGACCUUUGCGGUUGCUCUUGAGCCCAGUGGUUUUUUGAGUCACUAGGACAGUAAGCCUUUACUGCUCUGGACCAGAGGGAAGCAAAAACAACCUUUACCCUGACAAAAUAGUUCCUGCUAAAAUAAAUGACCACACCAUUAUUCCCAAUAAA